AUGGCUUACGCCUUUGCAUUCCUCAAGAAUAACGUUGCAGAUGUCAGAUUUGGUAUGAGUGAUUCUAUUCGUGAUGAAGCCACCGAUGCGAAAACAAGAUUGUUCCGGAAGCAGCUUCCCGGCACUUUGCUGCAACUCUUGCCCAGCCAGUUGCUGCCUCAGGGGACUGGCUCAUCUAGGAUGGUGUAUAUGGCUUAUAUGGUGUCUACUGUUGAAGGCUAUGCUUAA